UAUGCACGGGCAGUAUCGUCGUCUCACUGAGCAACCGCCUGUGGACAUGAAAGAGACCUACGGAUGGCUAAAGGCAGCGAAUCUUCCUGCUGCAACUGAGGGACUGGUUGUUGCUGCUCAAGACCAAGCUCUUCGGACUCGGUACUAUGAGCGCAAGAUUCUACAUCGUGAUGUCAGUCCUACUUGCCACAUGUGCAGUGUAGGCCUGGAGACAGUCGACCACAUUGUGGCAGGCUGUAGUGCUUUGGCACCGACGGACUACACUGAUCGACACAAUCAGGUGGCAUCCAUCAUUCACUGGGACGUUUGUCGCCAUUUUGGGGUUCCAGUGGAGAGCAGAUGGUACCGGCAUCAUCCUGAUAGGCUUGUGGAGACGGAUGACAUUACUAUGAUGUGGGAUACCACCAUCCCCACUGCCAGGAAGAUCAAAGCCAAUCGUCCAGACAUCUGUCUCAGAAAUAGGAAGACAAACACUUGUCUUCUUAUUGAUAUCAGCUGUCCUGCUGAUGGCAACAUUGGCAAGAAACAUGCUGAGAAGUUGGCGAAGUACAGCGACUUGCGAGUGGAGAUAAGCCGCAUGUGGCAUUGUCGAACACUGGUGGUUCCGGUGGUCUUGGGAGCUUUGGGCACAGUGCACGCAGGUAUUGCACGGUGGCUGGACAUUAUUCCAGGUCAUCACAACCUGCAGCACUUACAGAAAACAGUGCUUCUGGGAUCUACUCGGAUCCUUCGUAAAGUCGUGUCUUCUUUCUAGACAGCCGUGAUGGUCUAAGUACUUCUGA